GGCGCAGAACCCCGAGACUCCGUAGCCGCUGCGAACUCUCUGGAAGAAUGAGGUCCUGCCUGCUGCCUUUGGGGCCCCCUGUGAGCCGGGACCGCAUCAUCGCCAGCUUCCCUAAGUGGUACACGCCUGACGCCUGCCUGCAGCUCAAGGACCACUUCCACGGGCAGGUCAGUGCUGCCUGCCAGCGCAGGAGCACAGGCACUGUCGGGCUCAGCCUCUCCAAGGUGGUGGUGGUUGGUGACCUCUACGUGGGCAAGACCAGCCUCAUCCACAGGUUUUGCAAGAAUGUUUUUGACUGUGACUACAAGGCCACCAUCGGAGUGGACUUUGAAAUCGAGCGCUUUGAGAUUGCUGGGGUCCCCUACAGCCUCCAGAUCUGGGACACAGCAGGGCAAGAGAAGUUCAAGUGUAUCGCAUCUGCCUACUACCGGGGUGCCAAGGUGAUCAUCACGGCGUUUGACUUCACUGACGUGCAGACUCUGGAACAUACCAGGCAAUGGCUGGAGGAUGCACUGAGAGAGAACGAGCCAGGUUCCUGCCUUGUAUUCCUUGUGGGAAACAAGAAAGACCUUCUGUCAAGGGCAGCGUGUGAGCAGGUGGAAGUGGAGGCCGUGGACCUGGCGAAGGAGAUGCAGGCGGAGUACUGGUCGGUGUCGGCUAAGACAGGGGAGAAUGUGAAGGCCUUCUUCAGCCGUGUGGCCGCCCUGGCGUUUGAGCAGUCGGUGCUGCAGCACCUGGAGAGGAGGAACAGCUCCCGGCUCCAGGUCGGCGAUGGAGAUCUCAUCCAUAUGGAGGGAAGUCCGUCCGAGACCCAGGAGAGCAAGAGGCCCUCCAGCCUGGGUUGCUGUUAGCUGGGGACUGUGA